GUGUGUUGGGACUUGGUCUGGAACUGCAUGGUGAAAGCUGACUAAUGUUUGUGCUGCCCUCUGCAACUCAACCUGGCCUUUUUCUAUAAAGGACAAUCACCUUUUUUUCCAAAUCCCACUACUCCUCUCAUCCUUGUCUUCGGUCCUUUUAUCCAGCCUCUUCCCUUCGUUCACUUACUCACUCUCCAUCUCUUGUCCUGUAAUAAAUAAAGCCCGAGCCGGAAUGAUGAUUUCCUUAACUGGAAGCUCGAAUGUUCUAAUACUGUUUGUGUGGGGGGAAAAUCAUGAUAUGAGCACCAGAUUGUCCUCAGGUUCCGGUUGAAAACUGAAACACUGUCCAAGAGUGUGACAGUCACCAGCAGCCGUAGGGCAUUGUGGGAUCAAGGGCUGCAACGUUUUUAUUUUUGGUAUUUUUUUGUGGUCUCACUCCCGACACAUUGCCACCAGGGUUGCCACGGGAGACAGACUGGUCCCUCCUGAUUGGUAGCUACAGUAGCUGAGGAGGAUAGGCAGCUCUUGAUGGAUUGGAUGCCAGCUCAUGUCAAAGCAUACAGAAUCUGAGUGGAAUAUCCACAAUGAGAAAUCUCAAGUGAAUCGGACCUUGAAAGCCCAGCCACACAUGGGGCUCUGCUAAGUACAAGCCCCUAUGUGGCUAAACUAGAGUCCUUUUGAUAAACUUCUUAUUAGAUGUGUGAUGGACCUGCCUAUCUCUCAGCUGGUGACUGGUGUACAGUGAUAGAAUAAGAUGGGUAUCAUUCCUGUGUGUGUGUGUAAGAAACAGAGUAUAAGUGUAUUUUAGACUGUGAGUAUGUACAGUACCAGUCAAAAGUUUGGACAUAUUUCAUGGGAAAAUGACUGGUACUGUACGUGUGGGUGUGUUUGUGCCUGGUCCUUUGGUGCCUCUUGAGCUUUCUGCUAACUACAUUUCCCUCACUCCUGCUUCGUGCUUUGGGACUGUGAUCUUCCCUGAUACCUGUAACACAAUGUUUCACCUAGCCAACGUGUGUGUGUGUGUUUCUGUGUGUGUGACAAUCUUACCCCUCUAUUUCAUAAUGUAGUUGAACUCUGUCAUACAGCCUGCUUCCCAUUCUGUCCGAUAUCUAGCGACACAUUCUGGUUUUAGUUGUGAAGUAAAGACCUGAACUAGAGUUACCACUGUAAUCUUAAGUUCUGUGGUCUAAACCAGUUUCUAUGCUCUUGGUUUCAGGAUGUGGUGUGAAUGACUGCGGCUUCAUUUGAAUGUAUAAAACAGGCUGAAUGACAGAGAUGUGACUUUCCUUCUCUUUCAUGUGGUACUUCCUUUUCUCUCGGUUAAUAUCUCUCUCUUUCUCUCUCUUCCUCUCUGUCUCUCUCCCCCCAGACGCAGUGGAUCUGGGUUCCCCGGACGAGCUGAUGGAGAUCUCUGAAGUGGACGAGGGGGUGUGGCCGGGUGGGGCUGGGCCUGACCUGACUCCACCCACCAUCACCGUGAGCAACAGUGUACCCUCGGCAACACCCGGGGGAAAGGCCAAUAAGAGAAACCGACUGGGCGGGCGAGCCAGUAGGGAUAAGGAGGCGUGUCCCUCCAUGGGGCGGGCGGCAAGCGAGAGUGUGGAGCUGUCAUUCAAACGUCUGACGCUGACCUCCAGCCAAUCGGUGCCCAAGGCCGGGGCUCUCAGUAACCUGACACGUACAGCCAGCGCCGUUUUCUCACGCUCCUUCGAGCACGCUGGUGGCAAUGCCCCCCCUCCUGGUAACCACGCCAAUGAGACUGGGCGCUACUCAUGUAGUUUGCAGGAGGAGGGGCUAGGGUAUUUAAGCCCCGUCCCUAACCAUGCACAGCGCUCUCCCAGCAUCAGUGUGCACCUCGGCAGUGACCUUUGAACCCUGAGUCCCCUCCUCUCGGAACGACAUCGCCCCUGACCCUGUACCUGUGACCUGGAACUAGCCUGCCAGUAGGACUAGAUCACUAAAAACACACACCAUACACCUUGUCCUCGUCCAACUUGUAUUCCUGCUUCCCCUUCUCAGUUAUACACUCCAGGCCACCAUCCCUCUCCAGCCCAGGAGUUGUCUUUACUCCUGUCAUCCCCACAUUGAGAGUGUCAUCAAGGCCUGGUGGAGAAUUGGUGACUGGCAACCGACUCUUGAAACUACAGACUUACUGCCAUCUGGUGAUGUGUUGACAAAACUGCAGCUUGUUGAAUCCCUGCCCAGUCGUCUUUGUGUGUGUGUCUGUGUGUGCGCAUCACUAAAACUGUGUCUGCAAUGAUUUGGAAAUGUAAUAUUUUAAUUAAAUCUUGUUGUCCUGCUUGGCUUUCCAUGCAUCCCCCCUGACUACGCCCCUUAUGAUGGGGCAGACACUGUAUGUACUGUGUGUGUGUGUGUGUGUGUUUUUAGUGUGCAUGGCUGUUUAAGAAUAAAGGCUGCUGAUUGAUACAAGAUAUGAUUCUCCUGAACAGAAGUAAACCAUUAUUUUAAUUACAAUAACCUUCCGUGACCUGUGCCCACCCUCGUACUCCCAUCCUGUGUUCCUGUUGCUACGGCAAUUACCUGCUUCUUCAUUCAGUGACUCUUAAAUGAGCUAAAUGAGCAAAGGUCUCAUAUAAGGAUAUGUCCUGAUUGUUUACAGUGGGAAAAUGUUGAUGUCGUUCUGUAAAAGCAAUAUGUUUCUCUGUCUUUCCCACACCCUCCCCCUGGCACCUUCUGAUUGGCUGUCCACCCCGUAAUGACCUUUGGAGAAAUUGAUUUUUAUUUUUUUACUUGAUUUGGGAUCUAUACAAUGUUUUGUGUGAUGUGUAAACUGUGGACCUUUUUGUUUGAAAGAGAGAGACUGGUAUUUUUAAAAAGCAAAGAAGGCUUUGAGCUGUGGUAUUUCUUCCCAGAAAGGGAGAAAGCGUUUUGUUUUCUGGCAGUAUUAACACUCCCACGUACAGUGUUGAAAGAGCUUAAUAGCCUCUGCUUGACACAGCCCUCACGCCAAAGUAGUAAGGCAACACCAAGAUCCCAGAUCAAUCCAUAUGCUCCUACCCCACCUCCAAAACCACUGCAGAUCUCACAGCAGGAGAAAGCAAUAUGGCUGGUGUUCAGCUGUUCUACAAAAGGUGAAGCGUUCACUAUAUUUCUAACACCAAGCCAACCAUUUACAGAUCUUUACUUGUUGAUUGGGGGGGGAGAGGUCAGUUUAAGGUUGUGCAUCCUGAUUUCUCCACUCCAAUCCACUCCUUUUUUAGGUGUUAGUACAAUAGUGAAAUUGUGUUUGUAUGUCUGUCAGCUCCACCACCUGCUUGUGUCCCCUCCUUAUUGACAGAACCGAUCUGUAGGACAGACAGAGCACUGUGGAACUCUACUGUAAGACAACUCCUUCAAACAUUAAGUGUUCUAAAAUAUCUAUCUACAGCUCCACAGGCCCACUGUCCCAGAGAACGUGUGUUCCUUAAUUAUAUAAGUGUUUUUAGAACUGUUUUAUAUCUAAGAGGAACAAAUAACAAUCAUCAUGUUUCUGUAUGUUGAUUUACAGAAUGUGAAAAUAAGCUGGUGAGUUGUACAUACUGUUGUACUAAAGUUGUUGGUUUAUUGGCCUUUUUGUCUGAAGAUUACUCUCUUGCUAGAACUUCUGGGAAUAAAGUGUUUCUAUAUUUCA